AUGGUGAUAGUUUUCUCUCCCAACAGAAUUCUUCUGAGGCGCUCAGUAUUGGUAGGUUUACCGAUAGACAUGAUGGUUCCACUUUACAAGUACACUGCUGAGGAAUGCCAAUGGCGAGUGCAUGCUUCUAAAGAGGGAAUUCAUGAUGUGUUCCGGCUGAAGACAAUGCAAGCAACUCACAUUUGUGGUGGAGGAAUUGGUACUACAUCACAUCCAAAAGCAAGGAAGAAGUGGGUUUCUGAACAUGUCAAACAUAAAUUAAAAGAAACACUAUUAUACAGAGCUGUUGACUUACAAAAAGACAUAUUGCAUGACCACAGUGUUCGUCUUCCAUACAAGCGUGCUUGGAUGGGGAAGAAGGUUGUGAGGUCGGUGAUUUAUGGUUGUGAGGUUAGUAGCUAUGAUUUGCUUCUAUGGUACGCAUAUAAAGUAUUCGAGACAAAUCCCGGUAGCAUUGUUACCAUUGACAAAGACGUGGGGUUCAAGCAUGGGUGCAAGCCAUUACUUUUUAUUGAUGGAACCCAUUUGCUGGCCAAGUAUGGUGGGAUUCUGCUAGGGGCAAUGGCUAAAGAUGGCAAUGAUGGUCUAUUCCAUGUAGCAUUUGCUAUUGUCGACAAUGAAAUUGAUGAGAACUGGACUUGGUUUCUUGCUACUCUUGGGGAGGCCUUGUACGGUCAAGAUACCUAUGAUAAAAUUAUUACAUUUAUAUCAGAUCGAUCGAAGGGCCUGGUUAAUACCGUCAUGCGAGUCUUCCCCUCUUCACCACAUGGUUAUUGCCUACGUCAUUUGGAGGCGAACUUCAUAAAGACCAACUCUAGCCUCGGUAAAGCUUUGUGA